CACUGGUACACAGACUAUCCGAUAUCACUGAUAGGCAAACGCCAGUCGCCCAUCAAUAUCACAACCGAUGAAUGUCUCCUAAAUAAUAGAGAUCUGCAGUUAAAGCCACUUAUCAUUGAAUAUCCGAAACAGUUCUCGGGUUUAGUCCUCAAGAAUCCAAGAGAUGACAAGUUUUACGGCUGGAGAGUAGACGUGUUCAAUGACAUCGAUAGGGCCGUAUUAAGUGGUGGACCUCUUGAGCACAACUACCGUUUGGCACAAUUCCACUGCCAUUGGGGAAAGACCUGUAGCUGUGGUUCAGAGCACACAAUAGACGGCUCCUACUAUUCAGCUGAAUUACAUUUGGUUCACUGGAAUACAGACUUAUAUAACAGUCCUCACGAAGCACUUCAUUCACCAAAUGGUUUAUCAGUUUUAGCCGUAUUUCUGAAGACAUGUGAUGUGGAGAACGAAGAGCUGACAAAACUAACAAAACUUAUGUCUAAAAUCAAAUAUAAAGGACAGAAAUUAGUGAUCAAUGAAUCCAUUGAUUUGUUGCAACUAUUGCCAAAACAGCGAUCGUAUUGGACUUAUAACGGAUCACUCACUACACCACCACUUUGGGAGACAGUUAACUGGAUCAUUUUCAAACAACCA